UGUUCGCCGCUCGCUAUUCGUCACUCCGCCGCCAGGCACCGUCGCGUGCGGAUGUCGUCGUCGCGAAAUUUAACCGCAUGUUGAUCGUGUUCUAAAUAUUUAUUCGCGUGUGACGCUAUGAUAUAACGUUUAUAAAAUAAAUUUUUAAGUUGUCGUGUUUAUUUAAAAUUAAGCUAAAUGAUGGGUGUAAGCAAUUGCGUAAGCGUGAGGCAGGCGAGAGGACCAUGCCACUGCCCCGCUUGUCCUAGGGCUUCAGGCCACGGUGCUCAAAUGCCUCCCCAGACCCUGGUGUUGCCACCGAUGGCAUUGGAACAGGAGACGACGCCUGUGAAAGACAAGAAAGGCUCCAAAAUGAAAGUUUUGAAGAAAAUCAAGAAAAAAAUCGGAUUAGCGCCUCGCACGUCCUGCACAGGUGGCACUCCGAAUAAUCUGCCGCCCCUGAGCUUCCACAACGUGCACGGGGAAAAUGUGAGGGUGUCCAGGGAUGGCUCCGUCGCUAGAAGGGUGGAGUCUUUCUGUAAGGGAGUGGCGUUCAGUGCUAGACCAGUGCGAGUCAAUGAAAAGGUGUGCCUUCGCUUCGUUGAAAUUUCCAAUAGCUGGAGUGGAGUAAUUCGCUUCGGUUUUACCAGUAAUGAUCCGGCGGCCUUAACGCAUUCCCUGCCUAAGUAUGCCUGCCCCGACCUCACUAACAAACCAGGCAACUGGGCUAAAGCAUUAGGAGAGAGAUUCUGUGAAAAGGACAAUAUAUUGCACUACUACGUAAACUCAGCGGGUGACGUCCACUUUGGAAUAAAUGGGGAAGACAAAGGUCUGUUCUUCACGGGUGUAGACACAAGAAAUCCGCUAUGGGCUCUCGUGGACGUUUAUGGAAACUGUACCGCCGUACAGUUCGCUGAUCCCCGCGUGCCGAAUCAAGUCAGAAGACCGAACCAGAGCCCGGUAGAAGAGGAGAGAUUGAUCAGCGGCAUGAGAUCUCUGAGCGUUGAAGAACCACUGCCUCCACCCAGAUAUGCCAAUCCCUUGGUACCUUUAAGCUUGCACAGAACCAAAGGAAGAAACGUUCAGUUCGUGAAUGAUAGAGGAGUAGCUGCAAGGGUUGAUGCUGAAUUCUGUCAAGGGUACGUGUUUACGGCGAGACCGAUGCGACCAGGGCAGACGAUCGUCGUACAAAUAUUGGCUACAGAGUCCGCUUACGCAGGAAGCUUAGCGAUAGGUCUGACAUCUUGCGAUCCGGCAAAUCUAAGGCCUAGCGACCUACCGGCAGACGCGGAAUUGUUACUAGAUCGUCCCGAGUACUGGGUCGUUCGACGGGACGCGGCAAACGGAUUGGGCAGGGGUGAUGAAUUAGCUGUGACUUUGACUGUGGACGGGGAAGUGAGGGUCAGCAGGAACGGAUCGACACCAAUGACCGUCAUGCACGUAGAUCACACGCUCAGACUGUGGGCUUUCGUGGACAUAUACGGGGCGACCCAGAAGGUCAGAAUGCUCACGUCACAGGCGGUGACGUCACCUCCACAACAACUUCGCUUAUUAGCGGGUGCAGCAGCGCCUAUAGCGAGCAGCGGUGGCACGGUGCUAGUUGUGAGUCUACCGCCGCAAAAUGCCGCGCAGAACGCUGCCAACCAUCAGCAGGGACUAACGCUUGCCAGUGCACAUUAUAUUGAGCCGAUCCAGGCAUCGUCACAGCUAUGUCUAGCCGGCCUCCAACCGGUAUCUAACCAGCCACCCUUGGGGCCGAUGCCGCAACCUUCGUAUCAACAGCCCAGACAAAGGACCGAAGCCCAAUGUAGUUCCACCACACAGAAUUCCUGCAACGAGAAAGUUCAAAUACCCAAUGGCCACGAACCUUUAAGGCUGGAGAGAUUAACAAACGGUCCGUCUACCAGCAGACAGCACCAACCAAUAUACUCUAUGAUAGCCGAGGGGAAUCUCACUGGAACAGAAUGUACUAUCUGUUACGAGAAUCCUAUAGAUAGCGUAUUAUAUAUGUGCGGACAUAUGUGUAUGUGCUACAGAUGUGCAGUCCAACAAUGGAGAGGUAAAGGCGGCGGUCAGUGUCCACUGUGCAGAGCGCAGAUAAAGGAUGUCAUUCGUACGUAUAAGUCCUGAUGUGUUUCAACUGCGUUAGUAUGCCAAAAAGGACUUUUAUUUUAGCUAAGAAUGUAUACGGUUUUGUAACUGUGUUUGUGAGAGCAUUAAAAUUAUGACAUAUUUGAUUACAUAAUAUAUUUAUUGAUUCGAUCUUAAUAUAUAUGACUCGUUUAAGUUUUUUUUUUAUAUAAGGGAUUUUCGCGGCAUAUUUCCGUUUGACGUUGAAUGGCGGCUGGAAGUAUAGACAAACUCGUUUUUAUAAGGAAACUUUUUAAGAGUCUUCUGAAUAGAAAAUUAUUUAGUUAUUAGUGUGUAAAAUCGACACCAAAAACAUGCAAUAAAGGCCUUUAAAAUCAUGCUAGCUUAAUUGUUAGUAAUAUUUUAAAGUUUCUACAUUGUAAUUAUUUGACAUGUAUUUAUUUCUUGAUGUAGCAGCUUUCAUCAAUACAAUAGUAUUGAGUAAAAAAACUCAACGCGCCACAAUAAAUAUAAACAUGAGCCUUAAGUCAUAAUAAAAAUAUGAUUUCGACAUAUCACAAAGACAUUUGGGCACUGUUUUAUAUUUUAUCUCGAUGUACGUUUUAAGCCGAUGAGUUCUUUUUGAGAAUCGAGGCUAUGUUAUAAAUAAACCCUUGUAAAUAUUCGACAGUUAUGCUAAGCAUAGUGUUAAGAAAUAGGGUACAUCAGUUCAUAAAUUAUUAUAAUGGACAGUUUUUCUUUUAAUUUUAUGGUUAUAAUAUCAAAUAAUCGACUUCUGUUCAACAAUAUCGAGGACGCCAAUUUUUUGCAUACUUAGUGAGGAACUUGACGUGUGAAAAAUAAGUCACGAAAGUGGACGUUAUCAAAAUAGGGAUGAUGACCAUUUUUUUUUGUUUCUCUGUCAGGCAGAUUAUUGAAAAAGAUUAAACACGCAUUUUUUUUAUUUUUUUGCGUAAUCAUUAAAUUACGGCGAUACAUUGAGUUAAAUUGUCACAUACGUCAUGCUUCUGUACAUUUUCUACAAAACUGUGUGUUUGUAUUUUUCUUUUAUUGACGCUUCGAACCGCUUACACAUAAGAUUAGAGUGCAUGUGAAAUUAUAAAAAAUCAACAAGCUGUUUCUUAUUAAAUUAAAGUAAAAAAAAUACGUAUCUAAUAUUUCUCUAUUAUCUGACUGACGGACCAAAUAGCAUUUCUUUUGUUACAGGCAUAUCCCUAUUUACAUUGAAAUAAACAUAUUCUGAUUUUGAGUCAUAAAAUCGCAUGAUUAUCUUAAAAUUAAAAGUCAAGUUUUUUUGUCUAUGUAUCACGUGACUAGAUCACUACCCGCUAUUGUGUGACGUCGCUCCGGAAACAUUUCUCCUAUUUGUCGUAAAAUGUCUGUUUAUUAUAAAUCAGAUUCCUAGAUGGCGCUGUUCUUAUCUUUUUAUUUUGUAGUCAGAUCUUCAGAUAGCGCUGAACUGGUCUGACUGACAGUUUAUAAUCUAAUUUUACCACAUUCUUUGCGUACAUAUCGGAAUGACGUCAUGAAUAUGGCCGACAGUGUUUUCGGUGUACCUUUACAAAAGUUUUGAUUUAAUUUUAAGGCAAGAAAAUAUGUUUGAUUUUCUAAAUCUUUUUCUAUUACUUAUUUAAAUGAGUAUAAAUACUUACAAGUAAUAUAUCAAAAACUAUCUAAAAUCUAGACAAAUAAUAGUAACUAUAAUUUAGCUACAUUUAUUUGACUAGUCUUAAAUAUAGACUUAGGCUGCAAACGAUAUAUUUACGUCCAUAUAAUUGGUGAUAGUGUGACAUAUUGCAUUUAAUAUUUUUAAAUGAAUAUCAUAAUAUAAUUUUACUUUUGUAUACUAAUGUUACCACCAAUAGGGUUGCUAUGUAAAAAUAAAAGAAAAAAUAACUCGAUUUAUUCCUUGUGUAUUUUACAGAAAUAUACAAAACGUUUUGUUUAAAUGUCACAUACAUAAAUGAAAUAAUAAAAAAACAAGGAAGUUCCUAUAAAUGAUUUUGUGCGAUUUUGUCAUACACCUCGAUCGAAUAUUUAACUAAUAGAUAUUUGCUAUUAGUAGAGUGCGCUACCUCGCUGUGUUGCCAGUGCUAAAAAAUUCGAAUCCAAAGAUGGUAAAAUCGAAUGAGAUCAUUUCGAAAUUAUUGUCAAUAAACGUUUUGCAAUAGCUUUAAAUUAUAUCAAAUGUAUAAUAAUGUAAUAGCUAUGUAUUAGAUUUAACAUUAAUCAUUCACUCUUUAUUGCGAAAUUAUUUAACAUUGAAAUUUAUUUAUGAUCAUUCCUUCACUUUGCUCAAAUUACUUUUUUUGAUUGAUGCAUAUCAUAAAUAGAUGUCUCGAUUAUGCUUAGACUUGACUACCAAUUUUAAAGCAUAGUCUUUUUAUAUAGCCUAGAUAAAGACUAUUACAUUUGUCCUGGUGAUAUAAAGAGAAAUGCACGAUAAACGCGAAGUUAGUCAAACUGGGGGUAAUACAUAAUCAAAACCAAAUAUUUAAAAUCGAACUGAAUAAAUAAUAUCUCUUCUCUUUACAUAUCUUUCUACUUGUAAACUUUCUUUUAAAAUCAUUCCUAUAUUUAGACGAUAAUAUUACCUACCAAUAAUUUUAUUAAUACCAAACCUUUGCAGCCAGUUUUUAUUGUAUUAUUAAUUUAUAAUUUUGCAUAAUUAAAUAACAGCAAUGCACCAAUUUUUUUAUUCAUUCACUUUGAAAUGAGAUGUGAAUGUGAAUGAAAAUAUUGUUGCCGUUCAAAUACUUUAGGGCAUAUUAAUAUUUAGUGACAUUUAUUUUAAUUUGUAAUGCAACAAACGUAACUGGGAAAGAGAAAGUUGUUGGUUGUAGCGAAAGAACGUGAUUUUUUUCAUUGAUUGAGAUUAAUUUAAUCACAGCUGUCUCUUUCUCAAAGUACCACAAUGAGAACUUUUAUAUACCAAAACAGUGUGACCAGUUUAAAAAAUAACAAAACCACGACUAUGUUUGAAGCCAAAUCUUGUGUAAGUUUAUUAGAAUUGUAAAUAUAAGUAAGAUCGUAAUGUUAGCACGAGUUAGUUUUCAUCCAUUUGAUCAAUCCACGAUAUUGCCAUUACUCUUAACUGCGCAAAAUGAUGAUUCAUUUGCAAACCAAUUACGUGCUAACGUUUCGUAAGACCAAGUUGUAUGUGAUAAUUUUUUUUAUAUGUAAUUAUACUUUUUUAUUAUUUUCCCAUGCUUGGUCCAUGUACAGCGUUGUCAUCUAGUCGUUAGUAAUUUAUUUCCCCCUUUUUUAAAAAAAACCUUUCCUGUAAACAAUGUUGGAUAUUAGAUUAAGUUUCUAAAUAAAAAUGGUUAUCUCGUAAUGUGGUGUUUUUUUUUUGCCAAACCUUGAUCAGGCGCUAUGUCCAUUAAUCCAAUUAUGCCACCCUCUUGAAUUUUAAAACAAAUAUUUAACCUAUCAAAUCCCUUAUUAAUCAAUCCAUUACGA